AUGUUGUUGGCACACCAGUACAACAUCAACGCUGACACGGCCAUCGGGCACAGAGCACACCCCGCCUACCAAUCCUCAGUGGACAAAUCGGGCCUUCCAGGCAAGUUCAAGGCCUGGAUUUACCAACAUGGCAUCCUCCCAAGGAUUCUCUGGCCCCUCUUGGUCUACGAAGUCCCAAUCUCCACAGUUGAGGGCUUUGAGAGGAGAGUCAGUUGGUACCUGCAGAGGUGGCUGGGUCUAUCUCGGAGCCUGAGCAGCAUCGCCCUGUAUGGGCAGAGCAACAUCUUGAGAAUCCCUAUCAGCAGCCUGAAUGAGGAGUUCAUGGUGAGCCGCACAAGGGAGGUGCUGCAAUACCGAGAGUCCUCUGACCACAAGGUCUCUCAGGCUGGGAUUGAAGUCCAGACAGGUCGGGAGUGGAGAGCAGUGGACAUGGCUCAAUCCUGGCUGCAGUACAGAGCACUGCUGGGGGCAGUGACUCUGGGCAGGACGGGCCUAGGUAGCAGCAUGACACCUCGCUAUGACAAAGUGAAGGGGAAGGACAGGAGAGCACUGAUUCAGGAAGAGGUGCGAGCAUCAGUGGAGGAGGAGCGAUCCAGCAGAAUGGUUGGGAUGCGGCAGCAGGGAGCCUGGAUGAGAUGGGAGCAAGCUGUAGAGCGGAAAAUCUCAUGGGUUGAGCUGUGGAAGGCCGAGCCCCAUCCAACAUCUAAGCAGAUUGUUCUCCUGGAGCUCACUGUCCCCUGGGAGGACCGCAUUGAGGAGGCCAACGAGAGGAAGAGGGCCAAAUAUGCUGCGCUGGUGGAGGAGUGCCAGCGAAACAGGUGGAGAGCCAGAUGCCAUCCCACUGAGGUGGGAUGCAGAGGGUUCGCAGGCCAGUCCCUCUGA